AAUAAUUAAACAGUUUUGCCUCAAGUCAAUGGCCACUGAGCUGCUCCUUCUGGUACCCACGCUUUGGCCACCUGGGGUCAUGAUAAUACAGACGAGUGUUAUAUCGUCUGUCUACAUGUGUUGCUCCACUGCCUGUGUUUAAAUAUGGGGGUUGUCAUACGGCAACACCAAUGCAAUUCAUUAUCCGGUCUAUGGCAUUUUGCAUCGAUAGUUAGCAUUCAGCUAAACUUUAAGGCAAAGAUGUGUUGUUUUUAAAUGCACAGCUGUCACUGUGUCUUCCUUUGUUUUAUGUUUAGUUUGACAGUAAACAUCCAGCUAGAAGCCUCUUUUUUCUCCCCCCCCUCGCCCCAAGAAUUGUCCACUACCUGUCAAACUUCUGCUCGUUGUGUAGUGAGUUGACGUCACUUCCCACCAUCCAGAGCUUGUAUUUUCAGAGCUUGUAUUUUUGCUUUUUUCAAAGCAAAAAAUAAAAAUAAAAAAUCAGGCGAAUGAUGGCUCGUUUCUCAAAUAACUAGUGUAUUUUAAAGCAAAUGUAAGGUCUACUCUAGAGUGUGUGUUGGGGGGGGGGGUCUUGCAUAUGGUGCCAUUCAAGCGAGGACCGCCAAUGUGCCCAACGAAUGUGAAGUCACAAUGAAGCGAUUGUUGAAUGGCGCAAGUGUGAUUGAAAGCUGCUCGUGUAAGCGUAUGCUGCCAGCGAGAGGGGGGCGAGGGGGCUCCGGCAGCUGUCAGGCGCACAUUGGCUCCUCCAAUAGAUUUGAGUGGGAGGAUCAGCAGCGAGAGCAACAACAGCAGCAGCAUCGGAGCAGCCAUCCUUGCGGCUUUGUCCGCCCGGGAAGCCAUUUUGGAGACUGGGGUUUGUUGUGCACUCCCCCGCCGCAGUUUGCAACUUGCUAUCGCGUUGAAGAGUGCGAGGCUCGCGCGACAAACCACAAAGACGCGUUGUCGCCUUCACCCCCCCCUCCCCCAACCCCACCCCCCCCCGGAAUGCCGCCGAAGGAAGUUUUGCGCACCGACAGUGGAUUUUGUCCAUUUGGGAGCCGCUGUAGGAUGACGAAACCCGUCCGCGGGCUCGCAUAAAACGGUCUAAACAAAGAAGAAUGACCAUGGAUUUUUCCCAACUGCACACAUACACGCCGCCACAGUGCGCUCCAGAGAACACCGGCUAUACCUACUCCCUCAGCUCCAGCUACUCGACAGCAGCGUUAGAGUUUGAGAAGGAGCACCAGAUUGCUCCGGUCUACGAGUCGCCCAGGAUGUCGCGGCGGAGCCUGCGUCUGCAAACGGUUGCCGGUCACCAUGGCAAUGACAGUUUUAUGGACUACACUCAGAACCAGAGCAGCUAUACGACCAGGAAAGAGUCACGGACCCUGCGGAGCAGAAAGCUGCAUUCCGGUUCCAAUACAAUGUCUUUGUCCCUGAGCCAAGCUGGCACACCCAGGAAAGACCUCAGCUUCUCCGCCGCCAGUACCCCGAUAAACAGCGGCACGAUGGUGGAGGAAAGCGACGCCGCGUUUGACGCCGGCCUGCACACGACGCCGGCGGAGCAGGCGCACCUGAGACAGCGCACCGUCACUGCGAGCACAACCACGGCGACUGUCGACGGCAUCUGGGGCAGGACGUCCCACUCCGACCGCAGCUCGUCGAGCAUCAACGGCGACGUCAGCGCUACCAAGUCUCAGGUGGCGCUCGCCAACGGCUACAUCUGUAAAGACUGCUCCUUCCACUCUCAAACGAAUGACUCCCUCAUCACACACUCGUCAUCAUCGUCGUCGCCCUCGUCACACGCCGCAGAGGUGUGCACGGAUGCACUCUCCUAUUCAUCGUCACCUUUUACAAGUAUAUACUCCAGAGACCGGAGUCGGAAAAGCAAGACGGGUGUCCUCACGUCAGUGUCUAACACGUGUGUGCGCCUGAGCAAAAAAGUCCUGGCUUCUUUUGUGUCCAUCUUGGCGACACUCUACAGCAGCGUGCUCUGGCUGCACACGCGAACCAAGAGCAGCACGCAAGGACGAGCAGGUGUCUUGGCGUCAUGCACGGACUCCCUGAGACAAACGGCUUUGACUCAAGUGUGGCUACUCAAGCGCAGGAUGAUUGCCGACGGCUCUGAAGACUCUCAAGUCCAAGCUCACUCGAGUUACUGUGGGAGCGUGAAUGUCAAAGAUCUGGUGACAGAAGAUUCAUCACAUCUCAAUCUCAAUGGUUCCCUAUGUGAUGACUGUAAAGGGAAGCAGUACUCUGAGACGCACCCCGCCCUGCUCACGCGGUCGUCCAGGUCUCGGCGCCUGGCGGGGGCGCUGUGGAGCCUUCUGGCUUACACAGGUUCCUGCGUCCUGCGGCCGGGCCGCUGCGUGGUAAGAGGUGCUCAGUCUUUGGGCUCAAGCGCUGGGAUGCUGACACGGAGGCUGCUCGCACUGCUGUGGGCGAUCCUAGCAGCUCCGGUGAAGGCAGGCCGAGGUCUCCUGUGGUUUCUUGCCAGUGGCUGGUACUACCUUGUGUCCCUCAUGUCUCUACUUAAUGUCUUCUUUUUGACACGAUGCCUUCCCAAACUCUGGAAGCUGCUCCUGCUUCUUCUGGCCCUACUCCUCCUCUUAGCAUUGUGGCUGUGGGGUCCGUCGUCCGCCGUCCUGCUCGGUUACCUCCCGGCCGUAAACCUCACCGAAUGGCGUGCUUCGUCUCCCAUCGCCUACCUGUCGAACUUGUUGCCGGCGUUUGGUCCACUUUCCGUACCUGCUGCAGAGUCUCUCCUCGGUCAGACCUCCGCCCCCGUAUCGCAAACGCCGCCAAUAGUGGCCCCUGGCGUGGACUCCACGCGCCUUGAACGUCUGGAGCGCCAGCUCGCUCUGCUGUGGGAGCGAGUCCAGCAGAGUGACCAGAAGCAGGAGCAGCAUCGCACCAACAUAUUGGCUCUGUACAACACCCUGCGCGAGAAGCUCCACACCGAGACCGACAGGGAGACGCUCGAACUGUGGCUGUCGUCCGUGCUGGAGCAGAGGCUGGGCGUGCUGCGAGGAGAGCUGAAACGGGACAAUGCCCGCAGAGAGCAGAGCGAAGAGGAGCUGAAAGCGCUUCAAGGGAGUCAAACGACACGCUUAGCUGACUUGGAGUCGCUGCUCAACGGUUUGGCUGCCAAGACGAAGGAGGUGGAACAGAAGCAGCAACAAUAUGAACUUCACAAGAAGAAAAUGGAAGAAGUAGUUGUAGCUGCAGCAGUAGACGCACCUCUUCUUAGUGUGGGCGUGAAUCACGAGGAGCACGGCGCGUUGCUGGGUGAGGUGCAAAGACUUGAGUUGGACUUGGGAAAAAUCAGGCAGGAACUGCAGGGCGUCAUGGGAUGCAAGGGCAAAUGUGGGCAGCUGGACUCGCUGCAGGAGACGAUAACGACUCAGGUGUCCUCCCAGGUACGUAAGGAGUUGCAGGCGCUGUUCUUCAGCAGCGACGCUUCCGGUGAGGCUCAGGGCGAGGUGCCGGAGUCUCUGGUCCUGUGGCUGUCGCGGCGCUACAUGAGCACGUCUGACCUGCGGGCGGCGCUGGCCGCCCUGGAGCGCGGCAUCCUGAGCAACGUUUCCCGGCAGCUGGAGCUGAGCCGCGCUCGGACACUCGGCGAGGCCGAGUCCGAGGCCGCGUCCAUUGUCGGCGCGGUGACCGGCUCGGUGCAGAGCGCUGCCUCUGCCGAGGGCCUGUCGGAAAAGCAAGUAAAAGUGAUUGUCCAGAAUGCGCUGAGGCUCUACUCUCAAGACAGGACCGGCCUAGUGGACUACGCCCUGGAGUCCGGAGGUGGUAGCAUCCUCAGCACUCGCUGCUCUGAGACGCACGAGACCAAGACGGCCCUCAUGAGUCUGUUCGGCGUUCCUCUCUGGUACUUCUCCCAGUCCCCUCGAGUUGUCAUCCAGCCUGACAUGUACCCAGGCAACUGCUGGGCGUUCAAAGGCUCGCAGGGUUACCUCGUGAUCCGGCUUUCGAUGAGAAUCCGGCCCACGUCCUUCUGCUUGGAGCACAUUCCCAAAGCUCUGUCCCCCACUGGAAACAUCACCAGCGCCCCACAGAACUUCACAGUCUUUGGUCUAGAUGACGAGUACCAAGAAGAAGGCGAGUUGCUUGGUCACUACACCUACCAGGAAGACGGAGAAUCACUGCAAACCUUCCCUGUUAAGGAGCCGACGGAGAAGACCUUCCAGAUCAUGGAGGUGCGGGUGCUGUCCAACUGGGGGCACCCUGACUACACCUGCUUGUAUCGCUUUAGAGUCCACGGAGAGCCUCGGCCUCAGUGAACCAACCAGCGCUCUACACCUACACACCAUAGAAAUAUGGUAUGUAUCGAUACCGUGGACAUCUGUACAUACAGCAAAGGCGCGCUGAAGCACUUUGGGGAUGUUUAUAAUAAUGAGAGAAAAUACUACAAGUUGUGGAUUGUCAAAAGAAAGCGGACCGACCGAAUGGUGGAGGUGUUUUUUGUCCACAUGCAGACGUUUUACGACAACAACUGAAGUCCAAAUCUUUUUAUUUUGAAAGACACCUCUUGCACUGAAUGAACGUAUGAGGGCACAAGACUCACGAAGCAAACUAAAAUGGAACUCGGGCGGGUUCGCGCCCUUCCUCAUACUGCAUCCCGUUGUGAUUUGGGCUGUUGUUGUUUUUUUGUUUUUUUUAACUUCCUAUUUUGAUUUGGCUGGUCGUCACGCGUCGUCAUCCAUUUCAUUUGUUGAUGGGAAUGUUUUUUCUACUGUGCGAUGCACAUCACCCUUUAAGGACACCACAACGCUACAAACCACUUGAGGAGGCCCUUCUGCUCUGUAUAUUAACCAGCGUAGACAAAAUUUGUGUGUGGGUGAUUAUUAUUUUAUUUUUUUAAUGUCCCCUUUCAUGAGUGUUGGCUCUGAAAAUCAUGUGCCUGGAUCUCCAAUCGGCAAUCAAUUCAGAAUGGUUAAAAUACAUUAUGCUUGCAUAAUCGUCGUCGUCCCCCCUUUUUUUUUUUUUUUUCUGUUCUGCUCUCCCUUCAGCUAAGUUCCCGCUUUCUUUCAUCCGAGACCUGGACCGAUUGUUAUCUGUAUAUUUUAUGUCCAUCAUAUAGUCGGUAUUUUUAUGAUAUCUGCUUUUAUCAGUGUUGAUUUUUAUCAAAACAACCCAUCUUUAUUAUUGUCUUUAUUAUUUUAAUCGCUGUUUGUUUUGGGGGUUGAUGAUGUUUUUGUAAGGAUGCACUGCAGAUUUGGUUGUUAGUGGCACAGGACUUGUUUGUUUAAUUGGGGGUGUGACUCAUCAUUUUGAUUGCAAAUAUAAAUGAAUGCCUGAAUUAUGUAUAAAAAUGUUUUUUUCCCCCCACGUUCUUAUUUAUUAAUUGCGGUAAAUGAGUUUCUGCUAUGUAUAUUUUGCUGAAAUCUUUUCAGUGCAUUUUGGAAGCAUCUUGGUUUUUUUUUUUUUUUUUUUUUUUUUUUUAAGAAAAAAAGAUAAAUGGCUAUUUUUGUUCUGUCCUAAGACAAGUGCUUUGGAAAAUAUUCCAAUAAAGAAUUUAAUUUUGAAAAUUAA